UGUAAGAACUGUUGUAUCUCUGAAUCUCGAUUAUUUCAGUUUCUCUGUACUCCAUCGGAGAAAUUUUGCCUUUAGAUUUUAAUUCUGCACUUUCUCUCUCUUCUUCCCGUGAUUUGAAGUGCAUUUAAUGCUUUGAUUGUCCAUAUUUGUUGCAUCUCAGCCUCCAUUGUUGUCUACUCUGAAUUUCUCUACAAAAACUUUGAUUAUCCGAUUUUUUUAGUUUUUUCCGUCGUCCACCAAUUUCGAAUCAACCUCAGCCCACCUCUCCUGCACUCAUCUUUUUGUUUGGUAAAUUACGAAAAUGCACACACUGCGAAGAAAUCAACUUCGCCAUUUUCACUCCAAUGGGACCUCUACAUACAGUAACUUAUAUCUAACCCUUUCACAAACUCACAGUUCUUCCUCAAGCACAGUCCAUAGGCAGUCAAAUCCAGCCUCUCAUUCCAAUUCCUCCACACCCUUUUCUUUACUUCCCGAUAAACGACAACCGGAAAUCUCGUGUAGACUCUCCCACAUUUCGUUUUAUUCUACAAGAGUAUAUAAAGGUCAUAUACCAAGAUCUUUGAGAAAGAGAAUCAACAAAAGAGCAAGAAUCGCAGCACAGCCCGUCCUGAACGAAUCUCUUUAUCAAGAAGCUGUAUCCCGACUUCCUCCUAGAUUCACACCCGAAGAGCUUCACGACGUAAUAUCCUCACAGAACGACCCCCUAGUGUGUCUCGAGCUUUUCAACUGGGCGACGCAACAGCACAGGUUCAGGCACAAUUUGCUGACGUAUCACAUCACGAUCAAGAAACUCGGUGCAGCUAAAAUGUACGAGGAGAUGGACUCCAUUGUCAACCAGGUGCUAGCUAUUCCUUCCAUUGCUUCCGAGGCUCUUUAUAAUAGCAUGAUAUAUUAUUUUACCGAAGCUAGGAAAUUGGUUAGGGCUGUGAGUAUAUAUAAGCACAUGUGUCGCUCUAGGAAAUUGGACUGCAGGCCGUCGAUUAGAACCUACAACAUACUAUUUGCUGCACUUUUGAGUACGGGAAAGAAUUCGUAUAUUAAUCACAUGUACAUGGAGACUAUACGGUGUUUGUUCAAGCAAAUGGUUGAUGACGGGGUCGAGCCCGAUAUUUUUUGUCUGAAUUCUAUGAUCAAAGGGUAUGUGCUUUCGCUUCAUGUCAACGAUGCCCUUCGAAUUUUUCAUCAGAUGGAAGUGGUUUACAAUUGCCAGCCUAAUUCGUUUUCAUAUAAUUAUUUGGUACAUGGGUUGUGUGCACAAGGCCGAACUGAAAACGCAAAGGAGCUUUGUGAUAGAAUGAAGAAAAACGGGUUUGUCCCGAGCAGUAAAUCGUAUAAUUCACUUGUGAACGCUCUGGCGCUUGAGGGGGAAGUUGAUGAAGCGGUGAAGUUCUUGUUUGAGAUGGCGGAAAACGAAAGGUUAGCUGAUUUUAUUACUUAUCGUACUGUUUUGGAUGAAAUAUCACGACAGAAAGGGAAUGAAGAUGCUUUGAGGUUUUUAGAAAAGGUGCAAGAGAAGAAACUUGUCGAUGGAAAUACGUACAAAAAACUAUUGUAUGAACUGGAAGAUGAUAGUGGGAGUUCAAACUUCAGACGUUGAUUCGAGUAAUAUGAAUGAAGAGAUGUCCUCUUUGAUACGAACUUCCAAAUUAUUGCUUAAAGUCUUGCAAGUCCUACUUUAUUUUUAUCUUUUUAAAUAAAUGAUCGAAUAUCAUUUCCUAAAUGUUCAUACUGCUGCAUGUAUUUGGCUUCGGUGUGCUGUGCAUAUAUAUUUUUUUUUAUA